UUAGGUGAGUUACAAUCUGACAUGAAUGAGUUACCUGCAAGGCAGUUGUAGGCUGGGCUAACAAGAUAAUACAGCCACUGUCUCUUGCUGAAGAGUUUACUUCUGAAAGAAGCAAAAUCACCUGGAAAAGAAAGACAAUUUCUCCACUGACUCCUGGCUGAGGAAGGAAGAGGAACAGAGAAACUAUGAUAAUUCAAUCAAAAUGGAUGAUGCCUGUGAUUACUGAGUGACCUUAGAAUGUCUCAUCUAGUAUGUAAGAUGAUUGCCUGUCUAUAUUCAUUGAUGACUAUUGAGAUGAUCCUCUUGGCAGCAUCUUGUAGGAAUUGGCAUAUUGUACCUGAUGAGGGCAGUGUUGCUGGAGGAACAUGGAUCACCAUUGUAUUUGAUGGUUUGGAGCAGAGUUUCCUCUAUCCCACCAGUGGUUCUCAGUUGGAGAUAAGUCUGGUGAAUGUGGAUCUUCCAUGGUUGCCUCAUGUCCCAUGUGAUGUUUCUCCUGUCUAUGAAGAUGUUGCUCUUCUAAGAUGCCAAACCAGGUCUCUGCAAUGGGAGACACAAGAAGGCCUGUAUUAUUUGGAAGUUCGUUCUGGUGGGCAGUUAUUCAGCAGUAUGAGUAAAGGUUCCUGGGAUAACUGUACUUUCAAGUUUUCCAAGGCACAAACACCCAUUGUUUACCAAGUUAACCCACCAUCUGGAGUGCCAGGAAACUUAAUACAAGUCCAUGGCUGGAUUAUUACUGGGAGGACUGAAACCUUUGAUAAUGAUGUUGAGUACAUUGAUAGCCCACUCACUCUUCAGGCCCAAGGAGGAGAAUGGAUUACACCCUGCUCUCUUGUGGAUAGAGAGAAAGGGAACAGGUAUCCAGUUGAGGAAGACCAUGGUAUUGGAGUCUUGCAGUGUCGGGUAGAAGGCCACUACAUUGGUUCACAGAAUGUUAGCUUCUCCGUAUUUAACAAAGGAAAGUCCACUGUACACAAGGACGCAUGGCUGAUCAGUGCUAAACAGGAACUUUUCUUGUAUCAGACUUACUCAGAAAUAUGGUCUGUGUUUCCAGUAUCUGGGAGCCUGGGUGGAGGAACAGACAUCACCAUAACAGGAGAUUUCUUUGAUUAUUCUGCCCAAGUUACUAUUGCAGGCAUCCCAUGCAGAAUCAAAUACAUUUCUCCAAGGAAGAUUGAGUGUACCACAAGACCCCUGAAGCAGGAUACAAAGCUCACAUCACCUCAUCCAGGGAAUCGAGGACUUCUCUUUGAAGUUGGAGAUGCUCAGGAAGACCUAGACCUCACCAACACUACCCCUGGUUACAGAUGGCAGAUUGUCCCCAAUGCCAGCUCUCCAUUUGGAUUCUGGUCAGAGGAAGGGCAACAUUUCAGGGCUCGGCUCAGUGGAUUUUUUGUUGCCCCAGAGACAAAUAAUUACACUUUUUGGAUCCAGGCAGAUAGCCCAGCCUCUUUGUACUUCAGUCAGUCUGCAGAUCCAGAGAACAAGAUGAAAGUCGCUUUCAUUCAGGCUGGCGCAACUGACUGGUUUAAUUCCUGGGAGAGGAAUGGUCAUUUGGAGGCCUGGCAACAGAAGUCCCAGAAGUUGGAGUUGUUGGGUGGGGCAAAGUACUACCUGGAAGCCAACCACUACGGCGUUACUCCCAGUCAUGGGAUGAGCAUCGGGGUCCAAAUCCACAACACUUGGCUGAAUCCUGACGUGGUCAACAGCUACCACCGGGAGAAGCUCCAGAUCCGAGCCAGAGCUCAGAGAAUCCCAGAGAUACAGAUACUGAACGUGACUGGCACAGGAACAUUUUGUCUUACCUGGGAUGGUGUCUCCAGCCAGCCAGUGACUACGAAUGCCACUGCUGCUGAGAUCCAAGCAGCAAUAGAGGAACUGCUCACAGUAAAAUGCAAACUGGAACCACUUUCAGCUAAAAUUCUUCUCUGGUUUGGAUUUGAAGAAGGUCUAGAGGAUUCUGGCCCUGAUGGGGACCUAACCAGUGGCACAGAGCCUUUCUGUGGAAGGUUCAGCAUCCACCAGCCUCAAUUCCUUGUCAGAACAUCUGAAGCCACACAGAUGAGAUAUCAGCUUGAUCAAUACACACAUCUGUGCUUUGCAUAUAAAGGCCAUAUGAAUGAUACCAUGACCCUCUCAGUGUCCUUCACAAAUAAAUUUCAUAAACCUGUAAAGAAGAAGAUUGUCUGUGAAUGGAAUCCAGAGCAGCUGACACCUGAAAGCUGGAAAUUUGUCUGUAAUGAGCUCUGGGAGACAUGUGUGCGUCACUCUGGGGGUCUCUACACCCGUCUGGCCAAUUCCCCUGUGCUGGUACAUCGGAUUGAUAUGUCUCCCCUAGAACACGAGAAGAGCCAUUUCUACAUAGAUGAAAUUAUUGUUGCAGAUAGAAACUUAACAGUUUCUCAAGUCCAUUCCAGAAUAGCUCGCCCAGGAGGGAAGCUCAUCGAAUCCCUUUCUGUCACUGGAGCUCCAUCAACCUACAAUAUAACCCUGUGGAUGGCAGGUUGUGGCUGUGAGCUCCCUCUCAUUCAGCCUUGUUAUUUGCCACCAGAAGAAGCAAAUGAAAGCUCAAGGCGGGUCAGUGUGACAGUACAGAGGCUGCAGAGGAUGAGCCCAGCUUUAGAAGGACAUUUUCAGAUCCAACUUCCCAACACAGUGAUAUCUGGUAUCCCUGUGCACAUUUCUGCUCAUGAUCUCCUUGAGCUCUUACAGAACAGCGGUGAUGAUUUUGCAUCUCAGUUCCUCAAUGUCAGUGAUUUUAAGGUGCAGAAAGAUCUAAGCUCCUGCUAUGAACACGUGUGGACCCUCAUGUGGAUGUCCCAAAUAGGAGACUUGCCCAAUAUCAUCCGUGUCUCUGCUGAAAACCUGACCGGUAUAAUCCCAACUGUGAGUACUCGGGUAGUUUAUGAUGGUGGCAUUUUUCUUGGACCCAUAUUUGGAGAUAUGCUGGUUACUCCCAACACAUACCCCCAGGUGACCAUGAGAGUCAAUGACAUACCUGCUCACUGUUCAGGUUCCUGUUCUUUCCAGUACCUUCAAGAAUCAACCCCCUUAGUCCAAGCUGUCUGGUACUCUUAUGAUGAUGACAUUAACCUGCUGGUCUGCAUCAUGGGAUCUGGUUUUCCUGGUGACUCUGGAGCUUUGAAGAUCAAAGUGAAUCAACAGAUUUGUGAAAUCACUUUCUCGAACCAAACUUAUGUUACCUGCAAGAUGGGCUUUUUACCAAUUGGAAAGUAUCAGGUGGUGAUGCUAGUGAGACAUUUGGGCUUUGCUCUCAAUGUCACAGGAGGAGAAGGCAUUCACUUCAACAUUGAACCAAAGCUGAAAAUAAUGGAGCCUUCUGUAGCUCCAGAAAUUGGAGGACUUUGGACCACUAUUCAAGGGACCAAUUUGGAACAUGUAAGCUUGGUAUUAUUUGGGUCUCAGCCUUGUCCUGUCAACAUCACUACCAGGAAGAUAGAAAGAAUCCAAUGCAAAGUUCCUCCCUGGAUUGAUUUUCAGGGGAAUAGUAGCAGAAUCCUUGUGAAUGUGACCAUCAUCACCAGGAACGUGUCAGUAUCUUAUCCUGAGGCAUUCAAAUAUUCUCCUUCUUUAAAUCCAGUUAUCCUGUCUCUGAGCAGAAUCAGAAGCAACACAGCAGGUGAUCAGACACUUUUCAUUGGGACUACAUCUCUGGCAAACUAUACAGAUCUGAAUGUUGAAGUCCAUAUUCAGGAUACCUUGGCUACGAUCCUAAAGCAGGUGCCUCAGGGUCUGGAGGUGGCACUGCCCUCCUUGCCAGCAGGGUGGCACAAUAUUUCUGUCACAAUGAAUGGUGUUAACAUCAUCGCAGAGGGGGUUGAUCUUCAAAUACAGUACAUUACUGAAGUCUUCAAGAUUGAGCCUUGUUGUGGGUCCCUUCUGGGUGGAACCACCCUCACCAUCUCUGGGAUUGGCUUCAGCAAGGAUCCAUCUCUAGUUACAGUAUCAGUGGGCAACCAGACAUGUAAUAUUGUGAACUCAACUGAAGAGACCAUCUGGUGUGAGACAUCAGCAGCUCCUCACUUGCCUGGUACAGAGUCUCAAGCUGUCAUGGUUCCCAUAGAAGUCUUAGUUGGCAAUAUCCGUGCUCACCAUGGUCCCUCAUUUGGUUUGGGAAAAGACUUUACUUUUAUAUAUCAUACAGCUUUAACUCCUUUUGUAACUGCCAUGCAAGGGCAAAUCAGAGGAGACAUGCUGGAGUUUCAAGUAGAAGGAAAUAAUCUAUCUGAAUCAGUUGUUCUACUGGGACACAUGAAGUGUGAUCUUGAGCUGCAGUUCUUCAGUUUCAAUAGAACUCAGUAUUUCUGUUCCUUACCUCUAGCAAAUAUGGAAGCUGGAAUUUAUCCCAUCCAAGUUUUCCGGAAAGAUAUAGGAUUUGCAAAUAUAUCUGCUGUGCCCCACAGUUUCACAGUGGCCCCUCAGAUCACUGACAUCUUUCCUACCCAUGGAUCAGUGUGUGGGGGGACAUGGCUUACUGUAAUAGGCUUGGCUUUCAAGUCCAGAAUGAGGUUAGUGCAGAUUGACCUCUCGGACCAUCAUACUUGUGCCAUAUGGAAGUGGAAUGACCAGAUGAUCCUCUGCCAGGUUAGCUUUGUGGGUCACCUCCCCAAAGCAUCACUUGCCAUGAAUGUUACUAUCACUGCUAAUGGGAUUAGCAGUGAGUGUCAAGGAAAUUGUACAUUCUAUCUGCAAGAAGAGUCAACUCCCAUUGUGGAAAAAUUGACCACCAGUGUUAGUGGGACUUUGACCACCAUGUUGAUUGGUGGUCAGAAGUUAGCCACAGCCACUGAUGAGCUGGUGGUUUUGGUUGAUGACCAUCUUUCCUGUGAUAUAACCUUCUAUAAUGCAACAUGGGUAGAAUGUCAGCUGAGUGACUUGGGACCGGGUCUACAUCACUUCUCUCUUCUGAACGGGAGAAGUGGCUUUGCUUGUCUAGGCACCCUAGCUCCACAUUUCAGUGUAGUUCCUCAGGUGCUUGGUUAUCAUCCUCAGAACUUCAGCAUCAAUGGUGGAGGUCUCUUGACCAUAGAGGGCACAACAUUGAGAGGAAAGAACACAACUUCAGUCCUAAUAGGGCAUCAGCCCUGCUUCACUGUGAAUAUUAGCUCAGUGCUUAUCCAGUGUAUUGUUCCCCCAGGCAAUGGGACAGUUGAUCUGGAAAUAGAAGUAGAUGGGAACUUAAUUGAUGUGGGGAUAAUCAGUUAUAGUGAAGUCUUCACCCCAGCGUUACUUUUUAUUCUUCAAAUUGAUGGUUUGAUUGUAACCUUCAUGGUGGCCAGAACCAGUGGUGCAAAGAACAUGCAGAUCUUUAUUGGGGCAUCACCAUGUGUAGGCAUCUUGGGUAACUAUACUGUGCUCCAGUGCUCAGUUGCUCAGCUUCCAACUGGGGAAUAUCAAGUUAAAGGGUUCGACCGUUUCAGAGGCUGGGCUUCAUCGACAUUGGUGUUCACCUCUAACGUUACCAUUACGUCAAUCCACAGAAACUUUGGCUGUUUGAGUGGAAGCCUACUGCAUGUACACGGAAGUGGAUUCUCUCCAGGGAACAUGUCUGCUGAAGUCUGUGGCGUCCCCUGCCAAGUCUUAGACAAUGCUACGGUGACCAACUUCAGCUGCCUGGUGCUGCCCCUGGAUGCCUCCUUGGCUUUCCUGUGCAAUCUAAGACCUUUGGAGGAAAGCUGUAAAGCUACCAAGACCACCUAUAUCCAGUGUGAAUUGACUGUCACUGUGGGGACCAUCAAUCUAUUAAGAUCUUGGUCUUACAUCUACAUGUGUGAAGAAAAUCCUUGGUGUUCUUUAGUUUUGGACCAUCAGGUAGACUCAUCCCUUGGAUUAUUCUCUGGACUUUUCAUAAGCCCUAAAGUGGAAAGAGAUGAAGUUCUCAUCUAUAAUAGCUCCUGUAACAUUACCAUGGAAACUGAGGCAGAGAUGGAGUGUGAGGCACCUAAUCAGCCAAUUACCGCCAAGAUUACUGAGAUACGGAAAAACUGGGGCCAGAACACUCAGGACUACUUUCAGCUUCAGGUCUGUCGCAGAUGGUCCAGGGCUCACAGUUGGAUUCCCCAAGGUUGGCCACAAGAUGGCGACAACGUCACAGUGGAGAGCGGCCAAACUUUGCUGCUUGACAUCACUACUAGUGUUCUCAGUAUGCUGCAUAUUAAAGGUGGCAAGCUGAUAUUUACUGGCCCAGGACCCAUUGAGCUACAUGCUCACUGCAUCCUUGUGUCACAUGGUGGUGAGCUCCAGAUAGGAUCCCUGGACGAACCUUACCAUGGCAAAGCUCUGAUCUACCUUCAUGGGAGUUCUUCCACCACCUUCUAUCCAUAUGGAGCCAAAUUCCUUGCUGUGAGAAAUGGAACACUAUCUUUGCAUGGUUUAAGGCCGGAGGUGAGCAUCACACAUCUAAGGACUGCGGCUCAGGCCAAUGACACCAUGUUAGCAUUAGAAGACCAUGUGGAUUGGCAUCCUGGGGAAGAAGUCAUCAUUAGUGGAGUUACCCUGGAAGGUUCCCAAAGGCAAGAAGAAAUUGCCAUCAUAGAAAGUACACAUGGUGCAAACCUCCAUCUUCAGUCACCUUUGAGAUAUUCUCAUGGUAUUCUAGAACAUAAUAUAGGUGGGCAUCACAUUGCUUUAAGGGUCACAGUGGCUCUACUCAGCAGGAACAUUGCCAUCCAAGGACAUCUCACCAAUGAGGGGAUGGCACACCUUCAGCUAUGUACUGAAGCCAAGAUUCCAGAAGAUGAUUUUCAACAAUGCUUGUAUUUAAGGAGUGAAAAGAAUCUUGGAUCAAUGAAUCUGGGAGCUGUGGUGAUUGUGCAGUCACUCCCAGGAGAGCCCAGCCAGGUCCAACUGCAGGGAGUUCAGUUUCAGUACAUGGGACAAGCCUUUCAGAAACACCUGUGUGCCCUAAAUGUGAUUGGACCUAUUAGAGAUUCAUAUAUCCGGAGCUGCUCAGUGUGGGAUUCCUUCAGCAGGGGCCUCAGCCUGUCUAGGACCUCCAAUCUCAUUGUGGAGAAUAAUGUGUUUUACAACAUUUUAGGCCAUGGGCUAUUAGUGGGGACUCACAUGGAAAUGAAACAUUUCCCUUGGAAGGCUGUCCCCAGAAGAAAAACUGAUUGGUCAAGACAAGGAAAUAUAGUAAGAAGCAAUGUGGUAAUUGGAGUUUUUGGAACCGAGGGACUUUCUAAUAUUGAAGUGUUGUCACCAGCUGGAAUCUACAUCCAAGAUCCGAUCAGUGUUGUAGAGAGAAACAUGGUGUGUGCUGCUGGAUAUGGUUAUUUCUUUCAUCUUGGAACCAGUGAAACUUCGAAAGCGCCGCUUCGCUCCUUCACCCAGAAUGUAGCUCAUUCCUGCACAAGAUAUGGUCUCCUUGUGUAUCCUAGGUUUGAACCACCUCAGGUUAAUGACACUGGUCCCACUUUGUUCCAGAACUUCACAGCUUGGGGAAGCCAAGGUGGUGUUCAGAUUUUCAGAAGUAGCAAUCUUCAACUUAAAAAUUUCCAGAUUUAUUCAUGCAAAGAUUUUGGGAUUGAUAUCUUAGAAAGUGAUGCAAAUUCUUCUAUUGUUGAGAGCUUAUUACUCAGUCAUUAUUCCUCAAAGAAAGGAAGCUCAUGCAUGUCAGCAGGGAUAAAAACCCCCAAGAGACAGGAACUAUUGGUGUCAAAAACGACCUUUGUGAAUUUUGAUCAAAAGAAUUGCAUCUCCUUAAGAACCUGUUCCAGCUGCUAUCGAGGACAAGGUGGAUUUACUGUAAAGACUGAACAGCUGAAGUUUCUAAACUCACCUAAUCGAAUAGCAUUCCCAUUUCCUCAUGCAGCUAUCUUGGAAGACCUGGAUGGCUCAGUCUCAGGGAACAAGGGAAGAUACCUACUUGCCUCUGUGGAAAACCUGGCUUCUUCCUGUCAGGUCAACCAAAGCUUUGGUCAAACUGUCAAGGGCAGUGUCUGUGGGCCAGAUGUAAUCUUUCAUCGUAUGUCUAUUGGCUUAGCUGAAGCCCCAGAUGUUGCCUAUGAUUUAACAGUGACUGACAGUAAAAAUCAAACGAUGACUAUCAACUUUGUGAAUGACACAUUGUCAAACCUAUAUGGUUGGAUGGCUCUGCUUUUAGAUCAAGAUACCUACUUGCUGAGAUUUGAGGCUUCAUGGAUCAAAAGCAGCCUUCAGUAUUCAGCAACAUUUGAUAACUUUACCUCUGGAAAUUACUUGCUGGUGGUGCACAAAGACUUACAGCCAUAUGCUGAUAUUCUGGUGAUAUGUGGGACUAGAAUUGGCCAGUCCCUUCUAUCUUCUCCGUCCGCUACUCGUGAUCAGGCCUGUGAUUGGUUCUUCAACAGCCAUUUGGGGGAGCUCACUUAUUUGGUUUCAGGUGAAGGCCAAGUUCAUCUUACCCUCUUGGUGAAGGAAAGAAUUAUUCCAGCAACUCCAGUUCCGUCUGAUGUACCCAAGUCCAUUUUAAAGUGGUCCCAUCCUGGAACAUGGCAAGGUGUUGAAGAGGGCUGGGGAGGAUAUAAUCACACGACCCCAGCACCAGGAGAUGAUGUUGUGAUCUUACCCAACAAGACCAUCCUCGUAGACACGGAUCUCCCUUUUCUCAAAGGCCUUUAUGUUCUGGGAACCCUAGAAUUUCCUGUGAACCGGAGCAAUGUUUUAAACGUAGCUUGUAUUAUUGUUGCAGGUGGAGAGCUGAAAGUUGGUACUUUUCCUGAGCCCUUACAUAAAGGGCAGAAACUCUUGAUUCAGCUUCGAGCCUCUGAGGGAGACUAUUGUGACCGUUUGGAUGGAAUUAAUAUUGCUCCAGGAACUUUUGGGGUUUAUGGAAAGGUGCAGCUUCACAGUGCAUACCCCAGGAAAGCCUGGACACAUCUUGGAGCUGACAUUGCAUCAGGAAAUGAGAGGAUUCUAGUGAAGGAUGAAGUGGAUUGGAGACCACAAGACAAGAUUGUACUGAGUUCUUCAUCUUAUGAACCUCAUGAAGCAGAAAUCCUCACCAUAAAGGAAGUCAUGGGUCAAAACGUGAGACUCUAUGAGCAUCUCAACCACAGACACCUUGGAAGUUCCCAUUCGAUGGAAGAUGGCAGGCACAUUUCUCUGGCUGCCGAGGUGGGCCUUCUGACUCGGAAUAUAAAAAUCCAGCCUGAUGCUCCGUGUGGUGGAAGAAUGGUUGUGGGGUCCUUUCAAAAGCCCAAUGGAGAAGAAUUUUCAGGUACUCUUCAGCUUUCAAAUGUGGAAAUUCAGAACUUUGGGUCUUUGCUGUAUCCAUCUAUUGAAUUCAAUAAUGUAUCUCUGGGAUCCUGGAUGAUCUCUUCUUCUGUGCAUCAGAGCUGUGGAGGGGGUAUUCGUGUUUCAUCCAGCAAAAGUAUCUUCUUGCAUGAUAACAUUUUGUUUGACACUACUGGUCAUGGCAUUGAUCUAGAGGGUCAAAACCACUCUCUUAUCAAGAAUCUCAUUGUUUUGACCAAGCAGCCACAAAGAGCAAUGGACUGGGUAACAGGAAUCAAAGUGAACCAGGUAAAUGAUGCCAACCUCAUUGGGAAUGCUGUAGCAGGAUCAGAGAGGAUUGGCUUCCACAUCAAAGGUCAUGACUGUUCAAUGGCUGAAAAUCCUUGGGUUGGCAACGUAGUUCAUUCAAGCCUUCAUGGACUCCAUGUGUACAAGGGAGAUGGGCUAUACAACUGUACUAAAAUCUCAGGGUUCCUUUCUUACAAGAACUUUGAUUAUGGGGCCAUGUUCCAUGUGGAAAACAACUUAGAGAUAAAUAACAUGACCCUGGUGGACAAUGUUGUUGGUCUUCUUCCAUUAGUAUACGCAUCCUUUCCUGAACAAUGUUCCCUUGAGAAGAAACAGAUAGUUCUCAGAAAUUCAAUCAUCGUGGCCACUAGUUCUUCUUUUGACUGCAUAGAAGACAGAAUUAAACCUCUUUCUGCUGACUUCACAUCCAGGGAUCGACCCCCAAGUAAUCCCAGAGGGGGUCGGGUUGGUAUAUUGUGGCCUGGAUUCACUGCUGAACCAAACCAAUGGCCUCAAGAUGCAUGGCACAAAGUGAAGAAUUAUCCUUCUGUCUCAGGGAUCAUGAGGCUUGAAGGAGUCACCUUUUCUGAUUUUGUGAAGAGCUGCUACAGCAAUGACUUGGAUGUCUGCAUUCUACCCAAUCCUGAUAGCCCUGGCAUCAUUCCCCCAAUCAUGGCAGAGAGGACAAAGAUGCUCAAGGUUAAAGAUCAGAACAAGUUCUACUUCUCUUUGCCUUGGCUCAGGAAAGAAACAGGGAAAAUAGUCUGUCCUGAAUUGGACUGUGAAAGUCCAAUGAAGUAUCUCUUCAAAGACCUAGAUGGCAGUGUCCUGGAUCUGCCACCACCAAUUUCUGUUUUUCCAAAAUCCAAGUCAGAAUGGGUUGGAUCCUGCUUCAACACAGGUAUAUUUAGAGAAGACCGGAAAUGUACCUAUAGACCAUCGAUGCAAAGCUUCGUGUGCAAACAGAUGGACUAUAUACUUCUAAUUCUUGACAAUAUCACCAUUGCUCCAGGGAAGAAAAUUCCAUCUUCAGUAGUUUCAGUCACAAGUGGCUUUGUGGAAACCUUCAGUAGCAUAGUUGCCCACUCAUCCUGCUCUGCUUCUUUAUCUAUACCAGCUUUCUAUUCUCUUUUACCAACCAACUCACUCACCAAAAUUUGCUUUGUGAAUGGGGUUCCCCAAGCUAUGCGUUUUUAUCUCAUUGGGAGUGAGAGGUCUUCCAAAGUUCUGGCUGUGUUCUACCCUGAGCUUCAGAGUCCUCGGGUUUUCUUCCGUGGACAGUUCAUCCCCCCCACUUCAGUUCUAUCAGAUUCUUGGCAAGAGAAUGGGGCUACUGGAACCAAUCAUUUCAGUUUCAUGGAUAAUCUCUUGUAUAUCCUUCUGCAAGGGGAUGAGCCUGUUGAGGUGCAAUCUGCAAUUUCUAUCUAUGUAGCCUUCACUGUGACAUUAUCAAGUGCUCUAGAAGACUGGGAACCAGCCAUUGAUCAAAGAUUGGCUCAUUUCUUACAGAUUGGCCAAGACCAUAUAAGAAUUGUUCAUAUAUUGCCAGGUGGUGAAAGAAUCUUAAAGGCCUUUGCUGAUGGUGUGGCCAAAAGGAAACACCACUGCCCCUCUGGGACCCCUUGUACUAAUUGUCAUAGACUGGGUCAGCAUAGAAACUUCAUGAGGAAGAUGAAAAUGUGGGUACCACCAUCAACUUUCUCAGAAACCAUUUCAAAAGUGGUGGUCAUUGAAAUUGGUGAUUUGUCAGGCAUAGGAAAUGCCAAAGUGGCUUCCUCCUUAUCCACUGAUGGAUUGCAGUGUUUAGUUCACCGGAUUAUCACUUCUCAACAGACUGGGGAGCUUCAGGAAGCUCUCAAUAUGCCAGUUGAAGCCCUGCUGAUCAGUCAGUCAGCUGGAGUAUUUACUUCUGGAAAUUCAAGCAGUCUUGACACUGGUAGUGUGGUAUAUAUACAACCAUUUACCCUUUCAGUUCAAGUUCAGCCAUCCAGUGGAGAAGUGGGAAUAGAGCUUCCAGUACAACCACACCUUGUCUUUCUGGAUAAACAGGGUCGGGUAGUAGAAUCAUUAGGCCCUCCCUCAGAGCCAUGGAUUGUGACUGUUUCUCUGGAAGGGGCCUCAGAAACUGUGUUGAAAGGACACACCCAUGCAGAAGCUCACCAAGGCCGAGUAAGCUUCUCCAAUUUGGCUGUCUCAAGCUCUGGAUCAAACUGGUAUUUUCUUUUCACCGUGACAUCUCCACCAGGUGCCAAAUUUAAUGUUCGAUCUGAGCCAUUUGCAGUGCUUCCUGUUAACAAGGGAGAGAAAUCUACCAUUCUCAUGGCUCUUGUUUUGUGUUCAGCUGCCUCAUGGAUGGCUUUGUGCUUUCUGGUAUUUUGUUGGCUUAAAAAAAGCAAAAAAACAAAAACCAAAGAGACUUCUGGACCUCAGGUAGCUGACAGGAAGAAAAAUCCUCAGGUUAAACAUAAUUCACAUCCCACUAGGAAUCAAGAAAGAUUAGAAGAGACAAAGAAAGGGACCACUGUGAUACAAGAAGAUAUGAGACAGAAGGCCAUCCAGGGCAAGCCAAACCAGUCGUCUUACCAACAGUCGCUGAAUGGAUUAACAAGGAGGAUGAUCCGGACCGGGCACCGGGAGGGAGGGAGGGGGGAAGUCCCAACAGAGGUCAUUGCUCACCUUCCAUCCCAAGGCCAUGAUGACCUCUCUAGUGGCACUCCAGCUCAGCAGGUACCGAUUCAAGAAGUGAGAGACUGGAAAGAUGGUCAGGCUCACUUACUUGGAUAUCACCCCACGGAACAAGAUCAGCUCCUAGUGUUAUAUCCUAGCUUUGAUCAAGAGGGGCAAAAGCUACCAGAGCAGAGGCAUGCUGACAGAAAAAGUGACCAUUUGGGCUACUACUGGGAUAGGAAAGCGAAAUCAGAGUCCUUCCAUCUACAUUCACUACAACAGGCACCUCUUCAGGGACAGUUGUGAUCAGAUAGAACUGAGCAUUUGAGUAUGAAAACGAAAAUAUUAUCAAUCCUUUCAGAUUUAGAGCAGGAUCAGAGGAAAUCUGACAUAUGUGUGAAGUCUGGAAAAGAAUACAAAAUUCCUAAUUUUUAUUUGAGCUUUCAAAUAGAGAGCCUGGAAUGCCUUAAAUAGUUCUAUAGCAUCUCUUCUAUUCCAUCAUUAUCCAACCCACAUGCAGCAGAGUUCUGGGAAUAUAGUAGUUACAAUAAAUACUCAGUUGAUUGAUAGAAACAUACAAUAUGAUCUUAAUAAGGAUGAAUGAACAUUUCAUCCAACUAGUCAAUUAGCAUUUAGGAAGCACCUACUAUGUGUCAUAAAAUCAGAGAAAUGUCAUAUCAGGAGGGAUUUCUAUGAAGACUCUUUAGUUAAUUCACACAAACAUUCAUGGAUCAAUAGAAAAAGAGAUGAGAUGAUGUGCUGCUGUUGUAUAUGCAAGGACAUAGUGAAACAUCCUGUAAGAGUAUUUAAAGAGGGGGGCAACUACGUGGCUCAGUGGAUUGAAAGCCAAGCGUACAGGUCCUGGGUUCAAAUUUGGCCUCAAAUAUCUCCUAGCUGCGUGAUCCUGGGCAAAUCACAUAACUCCAAAUAUCUAAAAUUUACCGUUCCUCUGCCUUGGAACCAAUACACAGUAUUGAUACUAAGACAGAAGGUAAGGGUAUUUAAAAAAAAGAGUAUUUGAAGGACAGGAAAACACUUCUAUCUCUAAUCUACCAGAGCUUACCUAGAUUUCAAACACUAAGGUAGCUUCUUGGGGUUUGUUUGUUUUUAUUUUUUGUUUUUUUGUUUUGUUUGUUUUACAAGCUGAUUAUAUUUCAUCUUAAGAAUACAAUAAUUAUCCUAAGUCUGAAACAGUGCAAACAUAUUAGGUUUGUACCUCAUGAAAAUUUGCAUGUGAGAAUUGAUAUUUUCUUGAGUUUUACUAAGUUUUGGGGAAGGGAGUAGAAGCUAAGAGUUGAGGAGAUAUUUAUCCCUGGACCAAAUGUAUUUGUUUCAACACCUCAGUCAAUUUUGGUCAAAUUUGUAACUGGGAGAGAGAGGCAUAAAGAACAAUAGGAAGCUUUAGAAAAUAUUAAUAGGCAAAUUUUUCCAUUGGCUACUUCCUCAAAUAGAGAAUUGUCCUCUUUUACUAGUUUAACCCCAGAUAUCAAAUGCUUUUGUGGAAUAGAUACUGGCUGAAAUAGAGUGGAGAAUAUGAAUGCAUGUAUUCUUUAUAAAAAUAGAUUUUUAUUGACAUCUUUUGUUUUUUCACCACCUGAAUCUCUUUUUGUAUCUCCUCUCUUUCCCAGUGAGUGAUCCCUUAUAAAUAUUUGUUUUUAAAGAAAGAAAAGGGGAAGAGAAAAAAAUGAGUAAAUCCAAUCAAUACAGAAAGAACCUGAUAUUAUAUGCAAUACACCCUACCAUUCCUGUAGAGAAUUUGGGGAUGGGGUGGAUGAAUAGAUGUCUUCUCAUAUCUUCUUUUUGGAAUCAAACUUAUUCUUUAUAAUGUUGCAGUGUUCAUCUUUGAUUUUGUGUGUGUGUGUGGUGUGGUUUAGCUACAUUGUUGUAGACAUGCAAAUUGUUUUUUAACUCUGCUUAUUUUCUUCUGCAUCAAUUCGUCUAAGUCUUUCCAUGCUUCUCAGUAUUGAUCAUGUUCAUUAUUUUUUUAAAGGUAAAUAUUCCAUUAUAUUAAUUUAUGGACAUUUGUGUAGACAUUUCCCAAUCACUGAUCAUGUACUUUGUUUCCAGUUCUUUACUGCCACAAGAAGUUCCCCCAUGAAUGAUGGGAAUCAUAUAAUAACAAGAUCAAAUUUUUAUUAAGUACCUGGGUACUUAAUUACAGUACAAUACUUAAUAAAGUACAAACUUUAUUAAGUACCUGGGUACAGAGAACUUUGAUAAAUAUUUAGGAAGAGGAAAGAUACUGGUUUUAGUUCUUCCAAACCUUAAAAUACCUUUGUUUUGUGUAUCUAAUCUACUCCCUAGAAUGGUAGUUCAAUAAAAGGAAUAUUUUUGUUUUGC